GUCCUUCAUAUCACCCUCACAUCUCUUGCCAACAAGCUUGCAUUGUCGAAGAUCCCAUCAUAUAGUCUUGUUGGGUAGACAAACAAGCGCAUUGGUACUGUCUACCUCGUAAUCUGCCCGCCAUGCAGAUCUUCGUUAAGACCCUCACGGGCAAGACCAUCACCCUUGAGGUGGAGUCUUCGGACACGAUUGACAAUGUAAAAGCAAAAAUUCAGGACAAGGAAGGUAUCCCUCCUGAUCAGCAACGCCUGAUCUUUGCAGGCAAGCAGCUGGAGGAUGGCCGCACCCUGUCGGACUACAACAUCCAGAAGGAAUCCACCCUUCAUCUCGUCUUGCGUCUGCGUGGUGGUGCGAAGAAGCGCAAGAAGAAGCAGUACAGCACCCCCAAGAAGAUCAAGCACAAGCGCAAGAAGGUCAAGAUGUCCAUUCUGAAGUACUACAAGGUCGAUUCGGAUGGCAAGAUCAAGCGGUUGAGGAGGGAGUGCCCGAACGCCACUUGCGGCGCUGGCAUUUUCAUGGCCUUCCACCAAGACCGACAAUAUUGCGGGAAAUGUGGUCUUACAUACACCUUCGCCCCUGGUACCAAGCCCCCAGUUGCAUGAGGGCUUGUCACCAAUGAGGGAGAGGAUCAUGUUACGUCGUUGCCCCAUGUUGCUAUGUCCAUGUCUAGCCAAUCCAUGAUUUCCACCUUUUGUGGUUCGUCUGAAGUGA